GGUGCGGCCGUUGGAGGAGGUUGCGCGUGACGAGGGCGGGUCCGGAGCAGAGCGAGCCCGAGCCCGGGCCCGGGUGCGAGGAGUUUGGCCACUGCUGCCGGGAUGGCAGCCAUCGUCAAAGAGACACAGAGUCGGGGGCCUCAAGUCUUCCAUUGACAGGACGAUCUUACUACCAUAGCCGGCGGUCGGGCUCUCCGCGUCGGGGCGAUCAAGCUUAUUGGGGGGAUCUCAGCGUCGUGGCGAUCAAGUUUAUUGGGGGGAUCUCAGCUCCCUGAGCCAAGUGAUCUGAUCCCGGGUUGGGGCUUGUCGAACUUUCUGCAUCGUUGGAGCUCCCGACAUCUACAGUCUACCCGAGACUGCGAGCUCUCGAUGGUAAAGUCAACAGGCCGCGGUUGGAACGAUCCCAGGCAAAGGAUCAGCUCCGAUGGUAAGUCCACACCAUCGGUGGGGCUCAAAGUCAGUCCCGAGCGAGACCUUCAGCUCCAUAAUGUUAUGCCGCAGAGUGACCGGAGAUACGACCCGGAAAAUAAUGGCAUCCCUGGCAGGCAUAAAGCAAGCUGUGUUGUUGAUUAAUGGACUUGAUACUACAAAAUUCCCACGAUUACUCUCUCGUAUUCUUCAGAAGCUUCACUUGAAGGAUGAACAUUCAUUUAACGAAGAAGAGAGAGAAAAACUCCAAGCAGCACUUUCUCUGGAAAAAUAUGAACUUCGCUUGGUGCUGGAAACUGUAUCUUUUAUCUUGGAACAGGCAGCCUACUACAAUGUGAAACCUACUGCUCUUCAGCAACAAUUAGAAAAUAUCCACCUGAAUCAGGAGAAGGCAGAGGCUUUUUCCCAGGCUUGGACAAAUAUGGGUCAAGAUUUCAUUGAAAAAUUGAGGCAAAAUACUUUUGCUCCUAAAAGGAAUACAGAAAACAUUUUUGUGGAGUUUAACCAUGGAGAACUUUUAGAUUUUUAUAAUAAGUUGGAAACUAUUCAAGCACAGUUGGACUCUCUUACAUGAACAAGAUGUACGCAUCCACUGGAAGCACACUUUAGUCAACUGUAAAUUUAAUAACUGAAGUUUUCAUCACACAAUACAUGCUGCAGAAAUCAAAUUAACUAUUUCCAUCAAGUUAUGUAGCAUUGCUAUGACGUUACCACUUUUUGAUAUCUUCACUGAUCAUUUUUUUCUUGGCUUUCACAAAUUGUUACUGAAAAUUCAGUAGCACUUGAACUGAAUGCUGAUAGACCAUGAAAUGUUCUCAUUUAAUUCAGGCUCAUUGACUGCAUUUUAGUGCAUGUUAAUGUUCUAACCAUGAUAUGAUUUUGAAUUUAUCCUCUGCCAGAUUAGGAUAUAUUUGAAUCAAAAAACAAAUACAAAUUAUAACAUAGCUUUAGGAAAGAUUGAGCAUCGUUUUAAUAUUGCUUUCUGAAGCUGUAUUUGACAUUCAUGAAUUUCACACUAUUAGCACAAAAAACUAUUCUGUAGAAUUUCACUUGCUAAAGUUACCAUUGUAUCUUUUCUGUUCUUGCCACAUUUCCCAAAUUGUACAAGUAAACCAUACAACAUUUGAAAUGUG